AUGGGUGGCCAUGCUUUCGAGAAGCUUGGCAUAAGUACACCGCGAAUUUCAACACAUGUCUACAAGGACUUGGCGUCAAAAUACUUGGAGGUGCUUGCUAGCUUCUUCCAAAGAGUCACUUGCUCACAUGAACCGCCCAACAAGGAUUCACAUGGGGAUGUUGAUCUUCUCGUGGAAGGGCCUCACCUUGGAGUUUCAUCCGAACACCUUGCUGAAGUCCUCGACGCGAAGGUUCACGUUACAAACGGGACUGUGACCAGCUACGCCGUACUACAUCCCGAUGACCCCAGCGCCUAUGUCCAGCUGGAUGUCCAGGUCUGCCGGGAAGGAUUCUUAGAAUGGCAACAAUUCAUGACUUCCUAUGGUGAUGUUUCUCAGAUCCUGGGCGUCGUACAUCGAAGUCUAGGUCUAUCUUCGACCGAUAAAGGAUUACACGUACGAAUACCGGAAAUGGAAGCCAAAAAUCGGAAAGCUAGCAUGGUCUACCUCAGCCACGAUCCUGAGGAAGUCAUGAAAUUCCUUGGACUUAAUCCCUCUCUGUUUCACAGUGGAUUCGACUCUGAGGCCGAAAUAUAUCGCUGGAUCGCUAGUGGCCGCUUCUUCAAUCGAAAUGCAUUGGAGACACAUGGCCAUCAUCCACCAGAGGAGAAUAGUAACGAUAGAACGCGCAGGAUGAAAAGAGGAAUGUACAGGCGUUUUGUUGAAGGCUGGAUGAUGGAUAAUCCUCACGCAGGAUCCGACUGUCAUUGGGACAGAGACUCUGUCCUCUUGGAAGCAAUCAAGAACUUUGCCCGCGAAGAAGAAUACCAAACCAAGCUCCGAAAAUAUCAGGAUGUUGCACGUGAAGAAGCACUAUGGGCGAAGAUAAAAAUGACAAUACCUCGGAAAAACGACAGCUUGCGCCUGGUAGUAAGAGGGCUCAAAAGAUGGAUCGAAGUAAAAAACGGCAGGCCUAUUGUACGCAACAAGGCACUACCUGGCAAGGAAUUUCAGCCAUGGUCAUCAAAAAUUGAUGAGAGGAGUCAGUUAGGACUACUUGAUUGGAUUCGUGAUAAUUGGGUAAUUGUACAAACCAAGGAGAAGGGCUUUAUUAAGAGGGCAGUAUGUGUUUAAGGAACUUUUGUAACGUCUCCUUCCGUUAAACGACCUUACAGCACGGAAGAGACCCAUAUAGUAUACGCUAAUUAGUAGGGUUCGCUAAUAGUAAGGCUGGUUUAGCUAUAGGAGACGUUAGUAAAUAAUUAUAAUAGCUAAAAAAUAUAUACGG